AUUAUUGUGUCUUGUUCUUUCCAACCACUCAUUUGACUUCUUGUCCCAACUGAGUCUGGCCAUCGGCUCUGCACAGCAGUCUCCAGAGGCAAACCUCCAUUCUAUCCCAUUAAAGGGACCUGAUUCAGGCACCCCGCGGCAAGCCAAGCUCUGUGAGCUGACCACGACAGGCUGCCACUGCACACUCCAUAUUCACUUGAUGCCUACAGAUUUCUACUGAUGAUUGUGGUGUCAUAACUGAGCCAGAUCUCCCUGCGUCCUUCAUCUCCGAUUGAUCUCCUCACAUCUUCGUUCAGGCACGCGCCACGAUGUCGAACCAAGUAACCUCGAAUCCCACCUCCCAAACGGUCGCACAACUGCUUCCCAAGCUCCAUGAUGUGGAUCCCGACUACCGGUUCAUGUCGUUGAACGAUCUGUUCACGGUCCUCAGCAUUGGGAAGCCGGAUUUUCUUCACAACGACUACAAUACUGCUGCUCGGGCUGUGGAUGGUAUUCUCAAGACCUUGGAUGAUCAGAAUGGUGAAGUCCAGAAUCUGGCAAUCAAAUGUCUUGCCCCCCUUGUCACGAAGAUCCCCAGCAGUAUUCUGCCUCCCCUGCUUGAGAAGCUCUCGAACCUCAACACUGAAAAUUCGGUCGACAGCUCUAUUCCAGCGGUGGCCCUCAGAACGGUAGUAACUACAUUGCCGAGGCCUGUCACUGGAGUUCCGCCAUCAAAAGAGGUCGCCGAGGCAUAUAGUGCAAUCAGCAGAGUCUUGAUUCCCCGACUCCUGGGCCGUAUCGUUGCCAACAAGCCAAAGGUCAAACUUCCUGCCGUACCGGCGGGGAUGCUGGACAUUGACUCAAAUAAGGAGCUUGACCCGGAAGCUGUGGAUGUCUUGAUUGAGGUUGUGAGAUGCUUUGGGCCUAUGCUGCAGCAAAGCGAGGUCGAGGCGCUGCAAGGCCAGUUGAUCACAAUUCUAGAGACGGACCGAGCCAGUUCUGUCGUUAAAAAGAGAUCUGUGGUUGCAGUAUCGAUCUUGGCUCUCUACCUCACCGAUGAUGGCCUCGGUCGCUUUGUGUCUCUGCUCAUCGAAAGCCUACGGAACCCUCAUCUUACUUUGGUGCAACGACGUCUGUACAUUACAAUUCUUGGCUCGAUGGCACGAUCAAUCUCGGUCAGAUUUGGCCCGUACUUAAAGACUCUCGCACCAUUUGUUCUCUUUGCGCUGAGUAAGGAAGAGCUGGACGAUCAACUUGAGAAUUCAGCAGAGGAUGGCGAGGCAGAUCCUGAAACCGACGAUGUCCGCGAAGCUGCUCUCGUUGCAGUUGAUGGGUUUCUCUCUUCAUGUGGUGGUGAAAUGCGGCCCUACACUGAAGAGACCAUUGCUGCUCUUCUCCGCUUCCUGAAGUACGACCCCAACUAUAAUGAUGACGAUGACGAGGAAAUGGGUGGCACACAACCUGAAGAAGACGAUAUGGAUGAUUUUGGUGAUGACGAGGACUUUGAAGCCGAAGCCGGGUUCGACGAUGACGACGACGAUGCGAGCUGGAAAGUCAGAAGAUGCGCAGCCAAGGCACUCUAUACUGUCAUUUCGACUCGUGGAAGUGGCGAUUUGCUCGAUGACGGAACUCUUUAUGCACAGGUUGCCCCUGUUCUUGUGCAGCGCUUCAACGAACGUGAGGAGAAUGUACGCUUGGAGGUCAUUGCAACCAUGUCGUCCCUUAUUCGCAAGACUGGAGAAGGAAUUCACGUUCAGUUGUCUGCAGAAGACGCGUCUGACUACGUCAAUCACGCUCCACAAAGCCGAAAGCGUCGGAGAGAGAGCAGCACAGCAACCUUUGACACCAAAUUGUUGCUUUCGAUGUCUGCUGGCCUCACGUCACCAACAGUUGAACCAGUUCCAGCUUCUGGCCCAAGAGCUGACUUAGCACGCUUGAGCCCAGCUAUUAUCAAGGCAACAACGAAGCUUUUGAAGGGCAAUUCUAUUCCAACGAAGCAGGCACUCAUCAAUCUCUUAGAUGAUAUUGUAUCCGUCCAACAUGGCGGCCUUUCUGAAUACUUCAGUCAGAUUGUGGACCCAAUUAUCGAAGCAAUCAAGGCCACGUCUGGCUCGGCAAGCUCUUCGACUGCCAUCACCAGUGGUGCGGCAUCGGCAACAUCUAACACACUGCGGAUCGCCGCACUUCAUUUGAUUGGAGAUAUUGCAUCGACACAUUCUUCAAGUGUGCUGCAGCCGUACCUCCCCAAAAUUAUCCCUGGUGUUGUUUUGGCAGUCAAGGACAAAUUUUACAAAGUCUCCAGUGAAGCUAUUGGGACUGUCGAACAGCUCGUGAAGGCUCUUACCCCACCAAGAUCACGAACCGUCGGCCAACAAGACCACAAAGCCGAUCUACAACAGCUUUACAACGUCAUCGUAGGCCGAGUCUCUGCCAACGAUGCCGACGUCGAGGUUCGACAGCGCGCAAUCCAGGCCCUUGGUAUCCUUCUGGCACGUACUGCAAGUCCAGAAGGCUCAAGUCUCCUCUCAGCUGCAGACCGUAACGCUGCCCUGGAUAUGUUGAGUGAGCGACUCAAGAAUGAGACAACUCGACUUGCUGCCGUCCAUGCUAUUGAUACUGUGGCGGCAUUGACAACCACAAAGGAGUACCUUUCCCCAAAAUGGAUUCGAGAGGUCUCGCUUGAGCUUUCUGCGCAACUCCGCAAGGCCAACAGAUCUUUACGAGGUGCAAGUCUCGCCGCAUUGAAGAAUUUGGUUGUCGCACCAGCUGCGAGGAGUGCUCUGGAUGCUAAGACUAUCGAUGGCCUCGUCAGCGCACUUCUUCCCCUUCUCACCACUGUUGAUCUCCAUCUUCUUGGUCCCGCUCUGCUCGUGCUGUCAGUCUUGGUGGCGGAUAAUCCCAAGCAUGUUGUCAAUGAUCAGUUGAACAAGGCCCUAUGCGACCUCCUGACUGCAACUCUCGGUGGCGCAGUUCUGGAGGCAGUCUUGGCACUGGUUACUAAUAUCGGCCAGAAUGGCGUAGGUCAAAAUCUUAUGGCUGGCUUGCUGAAGGAGGUUAGCAUCAACGGAGAUCCAGCAGUUGUUGGCAAAGUAAUUGGUACUUUGCUUGUAUAUGGAGGACCAUCGGUUGGUGUCAAUGUUGACAACUUCCUGACUGAGGCCGUCAACCCGGAAUCCGAUGAUCCUAGACGAUGCUUGGCUCUUGCUGUUCUCGGUGAGGCUGGGCUUCGUAUGGGCACGAAGUCUCCAUUGAAGCCAUCCACAUUUACAGCUCAAUUCAAGUCUAAGUCAGAUAAAGUACCGCUUGCUGCUGCGGUUGCUUUGGGACGUGCCGGCGCUGGGAAUAUUCCGUUGUACUUGCCAGAGAUCUUGUCAACAAUGGGUAAGGGUGGCAGUGCACAAUAUCUCCUCUUGCAUUCUAUCAAGGAGAUUCUUCAGCAAGCUAGCAACAAUUCUGCGGACAUCAGUAAUUACACCAAACAAAUUUGGGAGAGAUUGCUCAGUGCUUCACAAGCCGAAGACAACAAGGCAGUUGGAGCAGAGUGUAUUGGAAGACUUGCGAUUAUUGAGCCGAUGACAUACAUUCCACAGCUCCAGAACUACCUCAAGAACCCGACCCCUUCAGUUCGAGCUAUGAUCAUCCAGGCUAUUCGUUAUACUCUCCCAGAUAGCGAUGAAGCAUUCGACGCAGUUUUGAAGACCACGCUGAUCGACAUGCUGGGCCUCAUGCUUCGGGACACGGAACUUGAAAAUCGUCGUCUGGCACUCACCACUCUCAACUCUGCCUCACACAACAAGCCUGAUUUGAUUGUUCCAAACCUGGGUCUUCUCUUGCCUCUUGUCAUGCAAGAGUCGGUUAUCAAGCCAGAAUUGAUCCGUGAGGUCACAAUGGGUCCAUUCAAGCACAAGAUUGACGACGGUCUCGAAGUCCGAAAGAGCGCAUACGAGACCCUCUACUCCCUAAUGGAGACUGCUUUCUCCCGCAUUAACAUCCUCGACUUCUACGACCGCAUCAUCGCCGGCCUGCAAGACGAGCACGACAUCCGCGCGCUCUGCAACCUCAUGCUCACCAAGCUCGUCGUCCUCGACCCAGACGAGACAUCCCGCCGCCUUGACGCCAUCGCCGACUACUUCCGCACCAUCCUCUCCCUCAAGCUCAAGGAUAAUGCCGUCAAGCAGGAGGUCGAGAAGCAGGAGGAGGCUGUGAAGAGUGUGUUGCGUGUUACACUUCUGCUGCAUGCGGCGAUUCCCGGCGCGAGUAGUAGCAUAGGUACCCAGGCUGGUGUGCACCAGACGUGGCGUACGUAUUGGGAGUGGGUUGAGAAGGAUUUCGAGGGCCAGUUGCGGAGCUUGAGGGAGGAGAGCAAGGAUAGUGGGUAUUGAACUCCUCCGUACAUCUGAUCUUUCUAUUCAAUUAGAAACCUUAGGGUCGGGUUGGGUUGGUGUGGAGAAAAGGAACGGAUGGUGAUGAUGAAUGACAUGAUGAUGGAUAUGAAGGAAUGAGAGAGGCAAUAGUAUGCAGUCGGUUGGAGUGGGAGGAUAUCUCGCGCAUAGCUUGCGUUGCAUAGUUUGCAGGCCUUCUUUCAGAUACUCUGCUUCCUCUUUCCAUAGACACAAAAAGACCUCCAUUACCCC